AUGGGUUUAUGUGAGCUACUCUUAAGGACUUUAACUGCAUUGUCUGUUCUCUGUCAAGCUAUUGGUGCCAAUUCUGCCAUUACCUGGGAAGUUCAAAGGUAUGAUGGGUGGUACAAUAAUUUGGCAGAUCACAAUCGAGGGGCUGCAGAUGCAGCACUGGUCCGUCUCUUUCCGGCGCAGUACACAGAUGGCGUUUAUCUGCCCCGACAGGAACCGCACCUGCCCAACCCCCGCCAGAUAAGCAACACAGCCAUGAUUGGCCAAUCCGGUCUCAUGUCCUACAGGAACAGAAGCGUUCUCUCUGUGGCAUUCGGUUACCAUGUGUUGUCUGAGAUCUCAGAAUCACGAAUACCUGGUUGCCCACCUGAGUUCAUGCAUAUUAAAGUCCAAAAAGAAGAUCCCAUCUUUGGCUCUAACUCUUCGCAACCGAUCCUGCUUCAGUUCCAGAGAGCAAAGUGGAAUCCAAGCACGGGCAAAAGCCCCAACAAUCCCCGCACACAGGUGAAUCACGUGACAGCGUGGAUAGAUGGCAGCUCCAUCUAUGGAUCAUCUAGCUCAUGGUGUGAUGCCUUGAGAACGUUUUCCAAAGGACUGCUGGCAUCAGGCUCCUCACAGGACAUGCCUCGGCGCAGCAGCAGUGGGUACCUCAUGUGGAGUGCGCCGGACCCCAGCACCAGCCCCGGCUCACAGGAGCUCUACGAGUUCGGGAAUGCCCGGGCCAAUGAGAACAUCUUUACGGUCACUGAGGGAAUUAUUUGGUUUCGUUACCACAAUUACCUGGCCUCCAAACUGCAUAAGGAACACCCCUAUUGGUCAGAUGAAGAGCUUUUCCAAAAUGCCCGAAAGAGGGUUAUUGCCACAUUCCAGAAUAUAGCAUUCUAUGAAUGGCUGCCGGCCUAUCUGGGAACACCAGUGACUUCCUAUCCAGGUUAUCAGAAAUAUGUUGAUCCAGGGAUCUCUGCUGAGUUUGAAGCUGCUGCUGUGAGGUUUGGACUGACUCUUGCACCACCUGGUGUAUAUAAAAGAAACAGGACAUGUCACUACAAAAGUACUGUGAACAACGACGGAAGUAAAUCUCCUGGCCUGCGUUUAUGCAACACCUUCUGGAACCGAAAUAAUCCAAACCUGCAGUCCAGUCAGGAUGUUGAUGAGUUAAUAAUGGGCAUGGCUUCUCAGAUCGCUGAGCGAGAGGACAACAUCAUUGUGGAGGAUUUGAGAGACUACAUGUAUGGCCCCUUGCGGUUCUCGCGCUCUGAUGCAGUGGCUUUGACCAUCCAGAGGGGGCGUGAUUUUGGGCUGCCCAGUUAUAACCAGAUCAGAGAGAGCCUCAACAUGCGGCCGGUCAACAGCUGGGACGAGAUCAACCCUAAACUGUAUAACACACAGUUGUUAAGGGAGCUUGCAGAGUUAUAUGAGAAUGAUACCUCCAGACUUGAGCUAUUUGUGGGCGGCCUGCUAGAAUCACAGGAAGGACCAGGGCCAGUGUUUUCCAGCAUCAUCCUGGACCAGUUUGAACGCAUAAGGAAUGCUGAUCGCUUCUGGUUUGAGAACAUACAAAAUGGGUUGUUCACUGAGGAGGAGAUCCAAGCCAUACGUAACACCACAUUUCACAAUGUCCUUCUGGACGUCACCAGUGCAGAGGAGGGUGACAUUCAAAAGAAUGUGUUCUUCUGGGUGAACGGUGAUCCCUGCCCCCAGCCUCAGCCAAUCAGAGCCUCUGAUCUUCACCCCUGCAUUAAGGCCUCCUCUAUAAGUUACUUUGACAACAGCAGCAAAGCUGGUUUUGGCGUAACGGUGGUGGUGCUCUUCCUGUUUCCUGUUGUAAGCUAUAUAGUAGCUUGUGUAGUUGCUCGUGUCCGGACAGCCAGAUACAAAAGAUUCCAAAAGAAGGUCAGAGGUUCUACCACAGACAAGAAACCUGCACAUGAAACUAUUGCCAAAGAGUGGUUGGGGCACAAUACAGCACCCCGACAAGUCACACUUGCAUUCAACGAGAAGAAAGUAUUCCAGACCUUUGAUAAGAAUGGCUCUCUUCUCAGUUCUCACAGCUUGGGCAGUCAAGACCACCUGAAUGUGUUAAUAUCCAAUGACCAUCAGCAUCGUGCUCUGCUCUUGAAGAUCCCCAAAGAGUAUGAUAUGGUUAUGUUCUUUGAGGAUGUUGGACAGAGGUCAAAGUUCCUGAGUCACCUGCGCUCUGAGCUGGAGGGCGGAAUUCAGAAUCUGACCGUGAUGGAAAUGAGUGAGAAAGAACUUCUUAGAGAUGCAGUGACCAGAGCACAGAGGGAAAUGAUUGUGGAGACGUUUUUUAAGCACGCUUUUUCAAAGGUCUUGGACAUUGAUAAAAGUGAUGCAGGAGACUUGAGCAAUAGGACCAGAGAAGCUUUACAGUGUGAGCUCACACGAGUUGAAUUCGCCAGCGUGCUCGGUCUGAAGCCUGACUCGCUCUUUGUGGAGUCCAUGUUCACACUGGCUGACAAGGAUGGCAAUGGAUACCUUUCGUUUCAGGAGUUCCUGGAUGUUAUUGUUAUUUUCAUGACAGGUACUCCCGAGGAGAAGUCUAAGCUUUUGUUUUCAAUGCAUGACAUUAAAGGAGAUGGCUUCUUGUCCAAGGAAGAGUUCACUUCCUUACUCAGGUCUUUCAUUGAUAUCUCUGGAAGUGCUCUAUCUAAGAGUCAGGCUGAUGAUGGCAUAGCAGCCAUGCUUCGGGCAGCUGGACUUUACAACAAAGAUUGCUUCUCCUGGGAGGACUUUCACUUUCUGCUGCGAGACCAUUCAGCUCAGCUCAAUUUUAAAGGCAUGGAAGUACUAAGUAAGAAAAAACUAGCCAGACAACAGCGAGUAUCUUUCAUUAAGAAAAAUAGUACUUCAGCAGUGGAAGUGCUUACUCACAGGCCUGAGGGGGAGCAAGACCAGGAACUUCGUCAAAGACAGACCAAGAAAAUUGGACAAAGCAGCCCUAAGGUAUAUGUGAGGCCUCAGAGAGAGCGCUACAACAGGAACGCAGUGCAGCAAUGCAUCCAGCAGUUCAAACGCUUCAUAGAAAACUACAGAAGACAUAUAAUUUGCAUGGUCAUUAUAUACGGGAUCACAGUUGGACUUGCACUGGAAAGGUGCUACUAUUAUGGUUUACAGGCCCAUGCCAGUGGUAUCCCAGAGACCUCCAUAGUGGGUGUGCUCGUGUCUCGCGGUUCUGCGGCCGCAAUCUCCUUCCUGUUUCCCUACAUGCUCCUCACUGUGUGCCGUAACCUGAUAACCAUGUGCAGAGAGACUUUUCUCAACGGAUACAUCCCAUUUGAUGCGGCCAUCGACCUUCACCGUCACAUGGCUGUGACUGCUGUCGUCCUCUCAGUUGUUCACAGUUUGGGGCAUGUGGUCAACGUUUACGUUUUCUGCAUCAGUGACCUCAAUAUCCUUGCCUGCCUGUUUCCUAGAGUGUUCUCCAACAAUGGGUCUGAGCUUCCAAUGAAAUGGACCUUCUGGUUUUUCAAGACAGUUCCUGGUCUCACUGGGGUUCUUUUGCUGUUGAUUUUUGCCUUUAUGUAUGUCUUCGCCUCACACUAUUUCAGACGCAUCAGCUUUAGAGGAUUCUGGAUCACACACCACCUAUAUGUGCUCGUCUAUGUCCUGACGGUGAUCCACGGCAGCUACGCCCUCCUCCAGGAGCCCCGCUUCCACAUCUACCUGAUCCCCCCUGGCCUCCUCUUCCUCCUGGACAAGCUCAUCAGCCUCAACAGGAAUAAGGUGGAGAUCCCAGUGGUGAAAGCCGAGCUGCUGCCCUCAGAUGUAACUUACCUGGAGUUUAAGCGUCCACAAGGUUUUGUCUACCGCUCGGGACAGUGGGUACGUAUUGCAUGCCUGGCGCUGGGCACAGAUGAGUACCAUCCUUUCACCCUGACCUCCGCACCACAUGAGGAGACCCUCAGCCUUCAUAUCCGUGCAGUGGGACCCUGGACCAGCAAACUCCGAGAGGCCUACACCCCUGAGAAUCUCCAGGAGCUUGGAGGAUAUCCAAAGCUGUAUCUGGACGGGCCGUUCGGGGAGGGUCAUCAGGAGUGGACAGACUAUGAGGUGUCAGUUUUGGUGGGUGCUGGGAUUGGAGUCACACCCUUCGCUUCCAUCUUAAAAGACCUGGUGUUCAAAUCUUCAGUCAAGUUCAAAUUUCACUGCAAAAAGGUGUAUUUUAUUUGGGUGACACGGACUCAGCGUCAGUUCGAGUGGGUGUCUGACAUCAUAAGAGAGGUGGAGGACAUGGAUGUACAGGAGCUGGUGUCAGUGCACAUCUACAUCACACAGCUGGCUGAGAAAUUCGAUCUCCGCACCACCAUGCUGUAUGUCUGUGAGCGGCACUUUCAGAAGGUGUGGAACAGGAGUCUGUUCACCGGCCUGCGCUCCGUCACACACUUCGGCCGCCCACCCUUUUUGGCUUUUCUCAGCUCGCUACAGGAAGUUCAUCCAGAGGUGGAGAAGAUCGGCGUGUUCAGCUGUGGUCCUCCCGGUCUGACUAAGAAUGUUGAGAAGGCCUGCCAGCAAAUGAACAAACGUGACCAGACACAUUUUGUUCACCACUAUGAGAACUUCUAGGCUGUAUGAUUGAAUAAA